UUCUUCAGGCCGCGAGAGGAGAUCGACUUAUCUGAACCGCCGACGACCCUACAAAUUGGGAGGCUUAUUGAACGUUCAGAAAACUAACUAUGGAAUCUGUAGCUAAAGCAAGAGAGAGAUUUGCCAAGUAUCCAUUACUAUUCGCCAAGUGUUCAAAACAAGGAACUUUAUAUGCUCGCUGUGUGCUACUGAAGGAAGACUCUGUGAAAAAGGACGAUUGUGCUAAAGAAUUUCAAGAAUUCAAGUGUUGCCUCCAAUCUGCUGCUAAAGAUUUGAAAACUAGGAUUUAG